CUUGUGUUUGUGCACAAUGGACCAAUGUCUGGGGGAUUCAACUUUCAAGUUACAGAUGGUUUGAAUUUUGCACCUAGACAAAUUUUUAGCAUCACUGCAAGAACCCUAGUUAUAAAUCUGGAAGUAAAUAAAGGUCUUGGUGUAUUUCCAGGAACGUGGAGGGUCAUUUCUUCGGAGAUUUUAAAAGCUGUAACCAAUGACCAGAGUGACAUAAAUAACAGGACAAUAACAUUCCAGGUGUCCAGCCCUCCAAAACACGGACAAAUCCUAAAACUGGAACAGGAAAAUGCAACAGCAGAAGUGUCAACCUUUACCCAGUUGAUGGUGAAUGAGGCCACGAUCUUCUAUAAACAUACAGAUACGGAAGCUCUGGUGUGGAGUACACUGGAUUCCUUCUCUUUCACAGUCUCUUCACCUCCGGCUGUGCUAGAAAAUCAGAAGUUUCUCAUCACUAUAUCAUAUGAGAUUGAUGAUCCUAACAGGCCAACGCGUCUCAUUGCAAAUACUGGUGCUUCUGUUUUGGAAGGAGAAAAAGUUCAAAUAAGCAAAAGAAAGCUGGAUGCCUCCAACCUUCUAGUCAGGCUGCCAGAAUCUCAACGAUCUGCAUAUGAAGUCUGGUUCCAGGUGACCAUGUUACCCAAACAUGGUGUGAUCAUAGUUGGAGACAGGAAUAUCACUAAAGAAAAGCCCAACUUUUUCCCAGUAUAUCAUCAAUAAGUUUGGAAUUACCUAUGCACACAACGGAGCAGAGUCCCCUACAGAUAACUUUACCUUUGCCACAUGGCUCAAUUUAAAAAGUAAAUCUGCUGUGAAACCAGACUUUGAUGUUAUAGUGGAGAUGUUUAAUAUCACUGUAAUACCUGUUAAUGACCAACCACCAGAGCUUAAAACAAAACAACCCAAUUUGCGAGUUCUGCAAGGAAAAAUGAUUGCAUUUGGGCCAGAAAACCUGAACGUUGAAGAUCUGGAUAAUCCACCAGAGAAUAUAACAUACACUGUUAUAAGUGCACCAAAUAAUGGCUUCUUGGCCAAAUUGGGCAAUCUAAAUGAAUCAGUCCAGCAUUUUACACAAGCAGAUAUUAAUAAAGGAAACCUCUGGUUUGUACAAGAUGGAAGCCCAAGCUCAGGUGUGUUCUACUUCAGUGUGACAGAUGGCAAACAUAAACCAUUAUAUAAACUGUUUAAUUUGGAUGUUACACCUGUUUCCAUAACUUUAGUUAACAAAACAAAUGUAGUCCUUGUCCAAGGACAGACCUUUGCAAUAAUUACAACUAAAAAUCUAGCAGCUACCACAGAUGGAAAGAGCACGGUGAUUAAUUUUGAGAUAUCACAGCCACCAAUAUUUGGCAGUAUUUUAGUUAACAAUGCACCUGUGACUAACUUUGAUCAGAAAGAAAUAGAGUCUGGCAAGGUAACCUACCACAUGAACAACUUUACUGCAUCUCAAGACAGUUUAGAAAUAAUUGUCUUCACUUCAGAAAGUAAUCUCACAGGGCAGGUUCUGAACAUCACUGUGGAGCCUCUGGUAAAUGUUGCUGUUGGACUAAAAAUACCAACGGGCUUAACGUACAACCUAAAAACUAGGGACCUGGAUGCAACAGAACUGGCAAAUUUGACCAGCAGUGACCCAGAAUACUAUAUUGUUGAUGCACCAGCAUAUGGUAAACUUGUAAGAAGAAAGAGGUCUAAAAAAGAUGAGUAUGAGGACAUUGAAAAGUUCACACAUCGUGACAUUGAAUCUAGACAAAUACUGUUGGAUGUU